AUUCCAGCAGUGUCGUUUGUAGCACGUAGAGAUCUUAAGUGAAAUAGAAUGUCAGACAAUUUCAUUGGGACUUAGCUAGUUAAAUAUAUUUGUUUCUACGUAAUAUUUGAUGUAUAACAUAAGAAGACACAUCUGUUAACUUGGAUGACAGUCUUGGUGUCUCAUCCAUUAUGUCCUCGGAUGACCUUCUUGCACAGAGGGAGAAAGUUGAACGCCAGAUUUUGGUGCUCGAGCGCACCCUUGGUCCCGAAAGCAACUCCAUUGAACUAUCUUCAGACAGUUGUUCAUCUGAUGAUGGAUCAGACGAUAAUGCAUCUCAACCAGAAGAUUUGGGUCCUCCGGGGAACCUGGAGGCAGAGCGGGAGCAAAUACAGAGAGAGAUUGAAGAGUUGGAGUGCACUCUUGGCCCAAAUGCAUCUAAUGCUGAGAUUCUGUCAGAUGAGGAGGUCCAAGGAAGUGAAACAGAAUCGAGCAAAGAGGACAGUGCUGAGGAGCUGGAUCUACCCCAGAACACAGAUACAUGUCUGCAAAUGAACCUUGUUUACCAGGAAGUGUUGAAAGAGAAAUUAGAGGAGCUGGAGCGACUGUUAUCAGACAAUCAACACCAACAAAAAGAGAUUAUGACUCAGCUAUCUGGCACAGGAACUCCCCAGGCUACCACAUCUGGACAACCCACACUGAAGCUUUUCUUGGGGAGCUUUCUGAAGCCCUAUUUCAAAGAUAAAGUCACAUUUCUGGGCCCACCUGCUAAUCCAGAAGCCAGAGAGAAGAUGAGUAAAAGGAUCGGACCUACUGACGACGUCAAGAUGAAAAGAUGGGAAGGGUGGCAGAAGACUCUGCUGAUAAAUGCUGUCAUGAAAGACAGCAUGAAACGCAUGAUACAGCCCAAGCUGUCCAAGGUGGAAUACCUUACACAGAAAAUGGUCAACGCUGAAAAUGUGGAAAAGCAAAUCCUGCGGAAACAAAUCACUGAAAUUGAAAAGGACAUUCAGGCCAUCAGUGCACUGAAGGAGGAUGACUUGAUGGGUGGCCGCUAUGAUGAGCAUGAUUGGCAAAAGAUUUCAAAUAUUGAUUUUGAAGGCAUCCGUGAAGCUGAACACAUAAAAAGCUUUUGGCAGAACUACCUGCAUCCCUCCAUUAACAAAGCCAGUUGGAAGGAAAACGAAAUUGAGAUGCUCAAGAAAGUCGCUGUAAAACAUGGGCACCACAACUGGGAUCAGAUUGCUGAUAAACUUGGGKCCAACAGGACAGCCUUCAUGUGUCUCCAGACGUACCAGCGCUACAUCUGCACCGACUUCAGGAGGAGGAGGUGGGGCAGCGUGGAGGACGAGAUCCUUCGAGAGCUGGUGGAGAAGAUGCGUAUCGGGAACUUCAUCCCGUACACCCAGAUCUCCUAUUUCAUGGAGGGCCGGGAUUCAUGCCAGCUGAUGUAUCGGUGGACUCAGGUUCUGGACCCCACCCUCAAAAAAGGCUAUUGGUCUAAAGAAGAAGAUGAGAUGCUACUGAGAGCAGUGGCUAAACACGGGGUGGGGAACUGGUGGAAAAUCCGUCAGGAUGUGCCUGGCAGAAAUGAUGGCCAGUGUAGGGACAGGUACGUGGACGUCCUGGUUGGGAACGUGAAGAAGGGGCCCUUUGACGAGAAGGAAAAGGCACAGCUCAGACUAUUGGUGGAGAAAUAUGGACGUAAAUGGUCUAAGAUAGCUGCCGAGAUUCCCAACAGAAUUGACUGCCAGGUCCUUCAUCAGUGGAGGAGAAUGACCGGGUACAAGCCCAGACAGAGGGACAGAAGGAAAAGAGCAUUGCAGCGAACGAGAAAGGUCGCGGCUGUGAGGAGCAUCAAGAGUCAGUUGAUGAGGCUAGACGAUGAUGUGCACUCAAGCUCCGACGAGGAGGAGAACGUCGAGAUUGAGUUUAUGGACAGUGACGACGAGAAGGAACAGAAGUUCAUUGAACCGCACUGGUCUGAUCAGGAAAGUGACAUUAUCAAAGACUACACCCAACCAGACAUGGAGCAAUGGAUCCCCGUGCUAGAGAAGGAGUUUGAAGGGCUGGGGAAGGUGAGGAGCAUGAUGGUUGAACGGCCCAGCAAGAACACAGCGCAAGAGCAGGCAACGACGGACAGCCAGGAUGCAGCACGCAAGGUCGUAGUGGUACGUUCCACCAUCCUGGACCGCUUUGAUAAGCCUGCUGCCACUGUCAUCGGACAAAACCCCCCAAUACUAGCAAAGAAGGAUUACAACAGUGACCUGGCCAUGCUGAAGGUGUGCUACGGAGAGGUGAGAAACCUGAUCGCUUGGAAGAAAACCAAUGCCAGAAAACACAAAAACAGUGGGUCUAUGAGCGGUGAAGAGGGGACAGCCAACAAGUCCUCAAGACAAAAGGAGUCCUCUGCCAACAGUGAAACCUGCAUCACUCUCAACUAUUCCCUUCAGUUGGCAGUCACUCCCUGGGUGGGCAAUGUGCUUAUGCCCCCACCACCCUCUUCAAACAAGCGCCGUGAAGCGGACAUGGUGCGAGAGAGAGCAGAGAGCAUUGGACUCACCAAUAGCCCAGUGUUCUUGUUCUUUCUGCAGGUCCUCCGUUUAGAUGCAGAAGGCUGUAAGCAGAUCAUUAAAAUGCGUAACAACCAAGUGGUACUCAUGGGAAACAAAUCUUGGGAAGUGAAACAGGUUUUUCUAGCUUCAUUGAAAAACCCAAAGCAACGCCAUGGUCCCAGAACAGUGGCCAGUAUGCUAAACCAGAAGGGAAACGAGCAGCAGAACAGUAAGCAGCAGAACAGUCAACUUGUGAUGAUCCCUCAGACCUUUGUCAUUGCACCGCCUGUAGUACAGUCCAUCCCACAUCCUGCGGUCCCCUCCACUCCAACUUCCAGACAACAACUCAUGCCUUCCGCACUUACCCAACUCAGACCCUCUACCCCCAGCCUACCCAUACCCUCAACACCUGGUCAACUUAUACCCUCGACCACCAACCAACCUAUACUCCCUGCUCCCCUUUCCCUUUCCAACCAAUCCUCAACUACAAUAGACCGGGUGAAUGAGGAGGCUAAUGAGAAUCAUUCAGGAAAAAAACGCAAUCGUAAACCUACUGAGAAAGCACAGGCCCUCAAGGAUGCUGCGAUUGCUAAAAAGUCUGUGGAAGAGUCGCCCAAACGCAAGAAAGCCCGUACCAAAGAGAGCCUAGUUGUCCAGUCUAACGUGGUUAUGUCCCCUCCACAAACUGCCUGGGUACUGAUGCCCAUUGGACUUGUGCCAAUCAGUGGCAUUGGCAUCCAGAUGACACCUCAGAAUCUACCACGAAAUGCUCUUGCACCUGCUUGUCCAUCUCCUAUUAUUAUCAACCAGCAAGUCCCUCUAACACUAAAUGCUGCUGCAACACAGGCCUCUCCCAAUAUGACCUAUGUCUGCCCAUCUCCCUCUACGCCUAAAGACCCAUCUGCCCCCAUGGUAUCUCCUGCCUCAUCCAUAGCACAGGGAACUGCCUCCCCAUCUGUUUUAAACUCUCUCUCCACCUCCAUUACCAUCACAAGCAACACUGCUCUAAGAAUGACCAACCCAGUGAAACGCAUGAGAAUAACCAACCCAGUCAUGCAGACUGUGGCAACCACUUGUCCUCAGCUCAAUGCAGUUUCACCUGUUCCCAUGAACACGGUCAUCUCGGCUCCCAUCAGACCACAGACUGGCCAUCCACAAGCUUUAGUCCUCAACGUCCCUCCAGGCUCCCUUCCAGCCUCAUUCCCACAGGGAGGAGGCCUCCGAAUCGUGCAGCUUAACCAGCCUAAAAGUGUCCCUCCACCCCGCAAUCCGGAGCUAAUGCAGUUUGAUCCCAACCUGAUGUUCACGGAGGACCCGGCACAAGUGAGAGAGUGGUUGAGCGGCAAGCGAGGAGUUGCGCUUCCGGAUUUGGACGUCACUCUGCCCUACCUACCCCCCUUUGUCAGCAGUCUUAAUACCCUAUCGGGUCUCCUGAAAUGUAAAAAGACGUUGGCAGUUCGUGCAAUGCAGCUCCUGCCCCCAGAGGAGAAAGAGAGCCAGGAAGAGCAGCAGCAGGUAGCUGUAGUGCGGAGCUUUGUGGCAGAGCGCUUCAGCCAUAACCCAGGCUACCUGCUCCUGAAGGCUCGCUUCUUGUCCUGUUUCACCAUGCCUGCUCUUUUGGCUACUAUCAAUCCAGUGAAACUCUCCAAGUCCCCCACCUCGGACCACGGUGAUGUGGAGGAGGAACCUUUCAGGAACCGUCCAGUGGAGCAGACAACACUCCAGGCUCCUCUGCUAAGCACUGACGGAAAAGGACCUCCUGCCACCUCCUUCUCUGGAAUCACCACAAGAAAUAAAAGUCGCAACCUCAACACGAACACAGAGUAAAUGGAAUCGUUUUGGAAUGAUGUGUGGUCUUACGGGUUAACCAGGUUUUGUGUUUGAAAGUUCUUGCCAAUUUUGUUGUGAUGUCACUGUCAUAGAAAGCAAUGUUACUGGAAUUGAUAGAAGAUAGCAGUGGAUAGCUGUAUUCUAUGUCACUCAAUACAGAAUAGUUCAGACAAAUUUUAAGCUGUCGAUUUGCACUAAACCAGUGGACACCAACCUGUUCUGAGUCAAGAUCACUUUGAGUCAAAAUGCAUGUCGAUCUACUGCUCAUAUUUUAAAUAAACAUGACUUAAAAAAUGUAAGCCUACGCAACAUUAACCAGUUAAAAACAGUUAUGUAGCCAUGAAGUUAGUGCAGUAGGCUAUAGGCCCCAAUACAUUAUCACUGCAUAUUCGUUCUGCUUGAAUUACCCUGGCAAUGUUCUUCUCAGACCAUUUUGAAAAUAAAUAUAUCUAUCACA